UCAUACUGCUGCCAGGUUUUGUACUCGCUAGGAAACCAUACGUCUUUUUUUUCUUUCUUUUAGCUUUCAAAGGUGCCUUAAAAUAUAUUUUCUUCACAACUUUACCCUAGCUAGCUAGCUAUAAUUUUCUUAAAAGAAAUUAAGCCCUUUUAGAAAAAAGUUAUUUCAUUAGCUUGAUCUAGCUCUUAAUUUUUCACUUUUGUGUUUCUCAUCAGCAAUCAUUCUGCUAUUGUUGAUCAGCAAGCUCCAAUACCUGUGAACCCUCCACCAUUAUCGAACCUUCGUGCUUAAAACAACCUUAUAUACAUAUAUAUAUAUCUAAAACACGAAGCAAGAAAAAUGCAGCUCAAAAACAUGAACAUGGAGUUACCUUACGUAUACAACAAGCACAACAAUGUGCAUGUAUUGCAUGGAGAUUACUCAUCUAGAUUUUUUGUUAUCGUACGACACUCAGAAUCGAGGGCGCUGUUAAAAAUCCUCGCACAAGCUUUGGUGCUCGCCCUCCUAAUCAUGGUAUUAGCUGGAGUUUUUGGAGGAUCCAAUUCUAAAGAGAAUGAUAAUAAUAAUAAUAAUAAUAGUCAUAUUGUUUUACCAAAUUACAAAAGCUUGAUGAACCCUUCUGAGAAUUCGAACGCAAUCACAUUGGUAUUUCGAGAUCUUGCAAAUGAAGGAUUGUGGACAGACAAGGAUGAAUAUCUGAUUGUUAGUAACUCAAAAGAAGAAAUAAUUCAGACAACAAACAAGGCAUCAGAAAGCCUUACAAUUUCACCAUUAGAUACUACAAAACAAAGUUCUAUUAACAAUGAGACAUUCGAUUUCUCGUUCAGUGACUGCUUGGAAGGAUCGAUUGAAGGUUUUUUAGACCGUACUCUGAAGAUAGGCGGAGUAAUGGUGGUUCAACUUAACGAAAAGCCAUCAAUGGCAUUCGAGGUAGCAGCAAAUUACAAGAUUGUGUACUUUAGAAAAUUCAGCAAUUGUACAUUCAUAGCAAUGAGGAAAGUGAAUACAAUAAUGCAAUCAAUAAUAUCAGCGAGCCAAAGGAAGCUAUUACAGUUUUUAUCAGAGGAAAAGAAAGCCGUCCUAGGGAACCUUGAAGACGUACUAUUGGAGCCACCACGUUCAGCGACAGGGAAGUCGAAAACAUACCUAAGGAAAACAAAAUUUCUUCCUGAUCUGUUGAAUGACUCCUUAGAAGGGUACUCUAGAAGAGUGUACAUUGAUGUAGGGGGUGGUCAUGGAUCAACUCGUUGGUUCGAGCAAAACUACCCAACUCGAAACAAAGAUUUCGAUAUGUAUAGGAUUGAGACGGUCCCAGAGACGGAGGUAGAGUCUGAUGAUGCAUGGGAAGGUCCACCAACACAGAUGGGGAUAUCGGAUUGGUUGUGGAGGAAUGUUAAGGCAGAGGAGUAUGUGGUGAUGAAAGCUGAUGCAGAGGUGGUAGAGGAGAUGUUAAAGAGUAAGGCUAUUGCUCUUGUGGAUGAGCUUUUCUUAGAGUGUAAGCCCUUUGGUAAAGGAGGGACUAGCAAAAGAGCUUAUUGGGAAUGUUUGGCUUUGUAUGGAAGAUUAAGGGAUUUUGGUGUUGCUGUGCACCAGUGGUGGGGAUAAUAUAUUCUUUUACUAGAUAUUCUUAUUAACUUUAUUAUCUAAUCUAGAUUUUAAUUAAUGUAUCAGAGAAGAUCAAUAUAUACAUUUGUACGUCUUCAUUUUUGUUUUAAAAUGUAUCAGG